UUCACACUGUCCUGUGUCAUGUUUCCCCAUUAUGCGUAGUGUAGCAUUAAGUCCCGAGUGUCGCUGUUCUUUUUCUUAAGGCGGCUUUAUUUUAAACGCCAUCUGCCAGCGGAAGUAACGAUUACAUAUUUCCUGUUUUGGUCCCGGAAAACGAUGCAGAAGUAAUGUGGUGAACAAGUUAACAAUGCCAGGCAGGGUGGAGUACGGGGAGCUAGGGGAGAGUCUCCCAGCCAUCGCUUCCCUCAAUGCCUCCUACUCACAGGCCUCACAGUCUGCUCCGUCCCCCUGCCCACCCUGUGCCCCUGGGGAGCGCCGUGUCAUCUCUGAUGUGCGCCGGACCUUCUGCCUUUUCGUCACAUUUGACCUGCUCUUCAUCUCCUUGCUCUGGAUCAUUGAGCUCAAUAUCACAAAGGCUAUCUGGCAGAACCUGGAACAGGAGGUGAUCCACUACAAGUUUGAGACGUCAUUUUUUGACAUCUUUCUCCUGGCUGUGUUCCGCUUUCUGUGCCUACAGAUUGCCUAUGCUGCUGUUCGCCUGAGGCACUGGUGGGUCAUUGCGAUCACCACUCUGGUGUCCAGUGCCUUCCUCAUUGCUAAAGUUAUCAACUCUGAUCUGCUAUCCCAGAAUGCCUUUGGCUAUGUGCUACCCAUCACCUCCUUUGUGGUGGCAUGGCUGGAGACAUGGUUCCUUGAUUUCAAAGUGCUCACCCAGGAGGCUGAGGAUGAAAGGGCAUUCUUGGCAUCACUGGGUACAUCCCAUGAGCAAGGCCCCCUGCUGUACCCCCGGCCUGUGUCUGAUGGGCAGUUCUACUCCCCUCCUGAGUCCUUGGCAGGUUCAGAUGAGGAGCUGGAUGAGGAGGGACUAGGGCGGAGAGCGGUCACUGUCCAGGAGAAGGAGUUUGUGCGGCAGGGCCGGGAGGCCAUGGCGGUGGUGGAGCAGAUCCUGAUGCAGGAAGAGAACUGGAAGUUUGAGAAGGACAAUGAGUAUGGUGAUGCCGUGUACUCCCUGGAGAUACCUUUCUAUGGGAAGACCUUCAUUCUCAAGGCUUUCAUGCAGUGCCCUGCAGAGCUUGUCUACCAGGAGGUCAUUCUGCAGCCGGAGAAGAUGGUUCAGUGGAACAGGACAAUCUCAGGCUGUCAGAUUCUGCAGCGUGUGGAUGACAACACCCUGGUGUCAUAUGACAUCUCUUCUGGCGCAGCAGGGGGCGUUGUCUCCCCCAGAGACUUUGUGAAUGUACGACGAGUAGAGCGGCGACGUGAUCGCUACAUGUCGGCAGGAAUGGCUACCAUUCAUGAGGCCAAGCCUCUACACAACUGCUAUGUCCGGGGGGAGAAUGGUCCAGGAGGAUUUGUGGUUCUCAAGUCUGGUACCAGUCCCUCUGUGUGCACCUUCAUUUGGGUUCUCAACACUGACCUUAAGGUUCUUGAUAAGCAUGCAGUUGCAUCUAAUGAUGAGAAGGCCAUUCUUCUGCAACAGGAACAAAAAAGGUAUACUUCCAACUUUCCAGAUGUUCUUGAAGAAGUUAUUUCAUGAAAAUCCAAUGCUCCAUGUGCUGCAUUCUGAAAUAGUUCUGCUGGUCAGGGAACUCCUUCCCAAGUUCAUGAAACCUGAAACAGUCCUCUUGAGUGUGAUGGGUUUGUUAAAGAUUGAUGUUUGGAAGAGAGACUUGCUGUACCCUGAUAAAUUUUUCUUUGUGGGGAGAUUCAGGUUCUUUGCCUUGAACAAAGCUAGAGUGGAGAAAAAGCCAUAGGUGCAGAAGGUCUAUAGCUCUCUCUGUAGCCAAGUUUGACAUGUGUGGUUUCACUGCCAAAAAGCAGAAAAAGGGAAAAGCACUCUAAAAUGUGUGAACUUAUUGCGAGAAUUGCACUUAUUGUUCUUUAAUGCUGCUGCUGUUGUUUUGUGUUUUGUCUUUUUCUCACAUGAUUUCUCACAUAAAUUCUUACAUUUUGUUUAAUGCUAAAAUAAAUAAAAUCAUGCACUGAAAAGUCAUGGAGAUGGUUGAUUAUUUGUAUGACUAAAAAUUGAGACAAUCCUGGCCUUGAUGACUGCAUUAGAGAACAGCAGCAAUAGUUAUGCAUAGGGUGCUGCUAAAAUGGUGGUGCUUAGCCUUCAAGGCCUGUCUAGCAGGCCUUGAGGGCUAAGACCAUAAAUACAGUUUUCCUUUUUCUCAUCUACCUCCACCUUGAAAACCUAAAGGAAAGGACCACACUGCGUAAUGAAAGCAGCUGACUGCCUGCACCAGCGGAUGGUGACAGUGGCCGGACAUUGUGUACACACACUAAUGUGGCCUGAGAAAAAAUUCAGUCAGAAUGUUUUUUUUUUUUCUUUAAUCCCUGUUUUACUGCAUGU